GACACGAAAGUAGUUCUGCUUGCAAAAAUGUAUUGACAAAAAUUGGAGAGGAUGGCUAUAAUCUUUUCUUAUUGUGGGGACACUUGAUACAGAAGAUUUGCUAUGUUUUAUUAUUUCCACCCCAAAAUGAUGAUUGAAAGCAUAAACGUGGUGUCUUUUGCUCUUGCCUGAGAGCAUAAUUAGAUGGUUUUGUAAACGAGGCUCGUAUCAACUGGUACGAAAACAGAUGGAUGAUGUCAGAAGAAUGGUGUGGGUAUAUCAAUGAGGCCGUUAAUAUUUGGUGUUCUUGGAUAUAAGCACGGCCAAAUGGAUGCUGCGGGCGAUGCAGUUAGAAUCAAAGCAAACUAUGUGGUUGAGGGCACAUCAACGUGGAAGAACAUGGCUGUCGAUCCGAAAAUAACAAGUCUCCAAGACCUAACACUGUUAUUGAAAAAGGCAUUCAACUUAUUUGGUGACCUCCAUUUGUCAUACCUGUUGCCAAAAUCUUCUUGUAACAAUGACAGAGAAGACUUGUUUCUGACAAUAACAUCAGACUGGGAUUUGGAUGCUGCAUUUCGCAGUGUUUCUAGCCAAUUCUUGGUGAUAAAGAUCAGUCAAAGUCAAGGUAACUGGGCCCUUGUGGAAUCAAAGGAUGUUCCAUCGGUCGAAGACAUCAAAAGCAACAUGCCGCAGUUGCCAUUUGGUGCUACCGUGCGCAAUGAAAUAUACAGGACAUUUAAUCGAAUAGUUGAUGCAUUUAUAGAUACCAAAAAGCAUCCUGUUUUGACUGAAGGGGAGUUUGCUACUCUAUUCAACACAGAAGGUAGACUUAUAGAUCAGCAGCAACUAAGACUGCGUAUUUUUAGUGGAGGCGUUGAAGGGAGGGCUAGAAAGGAAGUUUGGUCGCAUCUAUUAGGAAUUUAUCCUUCUGAUUUAUCAUCAGUUGAAAGGGGCAGGUUUUUGUUAAUGAGGAAUCAAGUUUACCAUCAUUUAAAGCAGAAUUGGUUAGAAAAAAGUCCAAAGAGUGUUAACGAUCUAAUUCACAUGAUACAGAAGGAUGUGCUGCGUACGGACAGAAAUGUUGAGUUUUUCAGCGUUCCCGAGGAUCAUCCAAAUCUCGUUUCGUUGUUUAACAUUUUGACUAUAUAUUCACUGAAUAAUCCAGAUACGUCAUACUGCCAAGGGAUGAGUGACAUUGCCUCUCCAAUUCUCCAUGUGCUUGAUGACGAAAUGUUGUCAUACUGGUGUUUCUGUGCACUCAUGCAUAGAAUGAGACACAAUUUUCAGCGGCAAGGCUUUUCAAUGAAGGUCAAUUUUCAUAUUCUCUUAGUUCUCUUGAAGAGAGUCGAUCCCGAGGUGUCUUCACAUCUUGAAGACAUUGGCGCCGAAAACCUUUUCUUUUGUUACCGGAUGUUACUUCUGGAUUUAAAAAGAGAAUUCCCUUUUGAGGAGGCAUUGGGCGUUCUUGAAUGUGUAUGGAGUUCCAUACCACCAGACAAGACCGAUCCAGAGUCAAUAACCGCAUUUUAUCAUAAACUGUAUCAACUGUAUUACCCUCCUGGCACUGCCACAAAUGGGACGUGGGAAGGCAUAUACACCAAGCGGAACAGCAAGGAUACCAAGAGCUCCAUCGUGUCGUCGCUGCCUCAUCCUUGGCUUGUCAAUUCAGGCUCACCAAUGACACUCCUGCUUUGCCUCGCCAUUUUGAUGAUAAACAGGGAACAAAUUCUGAAACAGCCCGAUUACAGCUGUUUGGGAAUCUUCUUCGAUAAAAUGGUUCGAAAGCACGACUCAUCCAAGGUCCUUAGCAAAGCAAGGGCUCUUUUUAUUGAGUACAUUAAAGCAUUUUUAGAUGGUCAGACUGUCGAUUCGGAUGUUGCCACAGAUCCGGUUUGUCCAUUCGCAAACUCGGAUAAAGCACACUGCUAAUUUUAGGUCCAGCUUGAAAUUGAUAUGCAGAAAGUUUCCUGGUUCUCUGCUCAUGCUAUUCCGGUCACCGUCUUGUUUACAUAAUAACAACAUCGAUCAACAUAAUAAAGACGAUUUAAGAAUGUUUUUGCAUCAUCGGUAUUGAGAUCCUGUUUAAACAUGAAGUAACGUAGUGUUGACGUCAAUGGGCCUGAUUCUAUUGUCACGAAAUGAAUUUUCAGGCGAAAAUAAUACAGUCAUGUAGGAGAUAACUGCGCAGUAUCAAACAAGAAGAAUGUCAAUUUUUGUAAAGUAGAUUUUAAAUCUAGCGCCUCCACAGUAAUUGAUUGACUAUUUUGAUAAAAAGAGCUAUUUAAUAGUUCGUUUUUACCUCUAAGUAUGCAAUUCCAGUAUUGUUAUUACAUAGUUGUAAAUAAUCUAUGUAUGCAUCACUUUGGGUCACUUAACAAAUUUCGGGGUUCAUUUAUCGAUAAUGCAAGUAGAUGAUAUUACCAAUCUCCUUGGUCCAUAUAAGUUAGCUAUUAAACGGAAUUCUUUUUAAGCUUUUACUGAGCAGUAUUGAAAUAUCGUCUCUAACGCCUUGUCGUUUUCCCGGUCCGCAUCAUUCUGCCCAUUGAGACCCUUUCGAAUCUCAAUUAGAUAUGUGCAUCCCAGUAGCCAGAGGGCAAUCGGGUGCUAAUGAGCACCCUUCUUGUGUCCCGAAUCAACGAGGAACUGGGGAAAAUGUCCAUUUUGCAGAGAAGACUACCCCGUUCUCUCUGUUAGAAAACCUGGCCACGGGCCUUAUGAGAAAUGUGUGAAUGAAGAAAAGGUUACUGUAGCAGGCUGCUCGACGGGCUCCAAGGAGUUCUUGCGGCGAAAAGUCGAUAAAAUGUAGCAAAUGAGAAAUGAGAAACCUGGUGGUAAAGUUCGUCAAAGAUUACCCCCAAUCUCAUCAACUGCCUCGUAUACAAUCAAGACAGGUUGGAGCUGCUAACUGGUUAAAGCAAUUCGAAGUUUGUGAAUCACGUGGGGUUGUAGAUUAAGGUCGAGCCAUUCAACCUUCUUCAUUCAACAUUCAAUCUCCAUUCUUUUGCGGAUGCCACAUCACCCUGACAACUUUUUAUAAUCGAUUUCCAUUCAUAUAACUUGGUUUUGUGCCAAAUAUUUUUAAUAGUAAGAAUUUAUUCCAACAUUUAAGAAACGUAUUUCUUUUCGAAUUUUCAUCUUAUUCUAGAUGGCGAAAUAAUAUAACUUAACUAGGUAUCAAUGUUCUAUGAAUUCAAUUGCAAAUUGUUAAUGAAAUUAUAAAGCAAAAAGGAAACAGAA